AUGGGAUCAUCAUCGUCAAGUUUGACUAUAGAACUCGAUCGAAAUCCACCACUCUAUUACGGUGGUGAGCUACUUAAAGGUGCUGUACGAUUGCAACCAGAUGAUGUUCAAUUCAAUGCUAAAGAACUUUCAUUAAAAGUAGAAGGUAAAACUGUAGGCAAUGACUUGGUACAACAUACAGCUUUGAUUGGUGUCGACUAUACAAAUAUUGAAGUUAAGGAAUGCAUAUUUUUUAAAAAGCAUAUUAUUUUGGCCAAACCAACUCCUGGUGAAGAUAAAUUUCUAGUUUCUAAAAACCAGAACACAUGGACAUUUGAAAUUGAACUACCAACAUAUGCACCACCAACAUUUUCUCUGUUACAAAAUUUAUACCAAUAUCAACAUCAACCAGCUGUUCAUUUUAUCGUUGAGACUAAUCUUAAAAAAUCAUUUUCAAGUCUUACCAAUAAAAAAGCAAUUCUCUUUCGACCAUCAGUAUUCAUCAAAACUCGUACUCCAGCUUCAUGGUCCAUAAUUAAUCGUCAAAUGAUUCAAUUGAAUAUACAUAUACCACAAGGUAUUGCUUAUGUUUCUGGUGAAAUAAUUAAUGGUAUAAUUGAAUUUAAUAAUCCUAGACAUAUCAGAAUAAAACGUAUAGAAUGUAAGGUAUUACAGACACUAAUAGUAGGAUAUGGAUCUUAUAGAAGUAGUAUUGUUAAAUUUAAUGUACCAAAAAUUAGUGAUACAAACGAAGAGAGUCGAAAAGAAAUAUUUCAAAUUCAAUUACCUCAAGAUUUACCACCAUCAUAUAAUUAUUCUCCAAAUGAACAAUCGCAGCAUAAGGCAACAAUUGUAGAAUAUUCACUUAGUUUUAUGGUUCGCGUUAUUGGUAUAUUAUCAGAUAUUGAGGUAGUAAAACCACUAUUGAUUGGAACAAAUCCGUGCAAACAUGAAGAAAAUGGAACAAUCAUUUUGAAAGAUAAAAGGCCACCAAAACAAUUACCACCUAUUAGUACUCAACAAAGCAUUGAUAAAACAACUGCAACUAUUCCAUUAAUCACAAAAGAACAUUCAUCUCAAACCCGUGAAUAUAAUAACUAUGGAACUAAUAUCAUACUUAAAAACGAAACAUAA